GUGUUGAGAGAUAAGCCACUAUCAAGACCCAAGGUUGGAGGAGAGUCUCUCAGUUAACCUGCCUGAAGCACCUACACUAAACCUCCCUUCCUCGCCCCCUAGCUGCCUCCUCCUCCUCCUCUACAGACACACACACAUACCUGGUCGUCUUCUCACCUGUAAGCAUCCUCAACCACAGGACUUGCACCUCCUACCUCCUCCUCCUGCUGCCUCACCUGUACGUCUCACCUGUGCAUCUCACCUGUUGUUGUUGUGAUCAGCUUAGUGAGCAACAACAGGACGAUGGCGGUCAAGAAAGGCGCCCCCACCAGUAAUGGCUCGCCCGUCCACUACUUCCUACCCUACCUGGUGUCCGUGGCGGCGUCCUUAGUGUGGUACGUGCCGGCAGAGGUACCGUCGUUGGUGGGGAUGGUGUUAAAGUGUGUGCCUAUAGUGUGCCUGAAGGUGUUCCUGGUGGUGCUGGAGAGGGGCAGACGGGAGGCCAACCUGGGUCUUGUGGCGCUCAUCUUCUCUGUCAUCGGUGACGCUUGCCUGGCGUGGCCAGAGGACCUGUUUCUGGUUGGUCUGGCGUUCUUCGGGUUGGCACAGAUCACCUACAUCGUCGCCUUCGGGUUCAGUAAGGUGAGCUGGGUGGUGGGGACGGCACUACAUGGAGGUAACCUGCUGGUGAUGAUGGCCAUACUACCUGGACUACCUGACGCUGUUAUGAAGAUCGCUCUUACCUUCUACUCCUUCGUCCUCGUCACCAUGAUCUGGCGCGCCAUGGACAGAGCUCGCCUGAGGAAGGACCUACCAGCUGAGAGACGCCUGUGUACUGCUGCAGGAGCCGUCAUCUUCGUGAUCUCUGACGUAAGUAUCGCGGUGCUGCAGGUGGGUCGUCUGAUGCCUCGUGUCUACUGUGAGUUCAUCGUCCUCUCCACCUACUACACCGCCCAGUUCCUCCUCGUGUUGGGGGCCGCUCAAACCUUCUGGGCUCGUCGAACUCCCGUGUUCAAGGUGAAGUAACUCUCUCCUCGUCUCAACUCUGGCUGUACACGUCACUGAACACGUCAUUGAUCACGUCAUUGGCUGUACACGUCACUGAACCCUAGCUGAACACAUCAUUGGCUGCACACGUCACUGAACCCUGGCUGAACACGUCACUGAACACGUCACUGACUGGAGAGGUGAAGUAAGUUUGUUGUAUAUGAUGACAUUUUAGUUAGUUAUAUGAGUUAGUAGAUUUGACCUCACAUGAGUGUAGCUAUAUUCUGUGACCUUGUUUAUCAAAGUUAUAUGUAGCCAUUUUUUGUAUAUGUGUAUUUAAAAUUUAUAAGCUGAAACAAACAUUCCAGGUGUGUAAAAAUAGUUACCUGUUAAUUGAUUUGUUAAUUUCAGGUAAUAAAAACAGUUAGAAAUUUA